GGUUGAAGAGUUCGUUCAGUUCGUUGAACCAACGGCAUAUGAUCUCCGUUCAGGCGCUCCAUCUCCGGCAGAUCCACAGCCCAUGGCGACCGCGGUCCUCGUUCCCGCAUCGCCCGUUGGAGCCCAGAGGCGCCCAGAGAUCUGCAGUGUGCUGUGCCAUGGCCAUGGCAGCCAUGGGACGUGGCCAGCCCAAAGAGGCUGACACAGAAACAGAUCGUGUAGAUCGAGAUCUCCGAGACGACCGUGAUGAUUUGGCUCACGAUCUGCCGGGUUUUGCGAGACAACUCUGUAGAGAGCUACAACAGAAGAGACCGCAGAAACAUGAUCAGAUUCACGAUCAUGAGCUGGCACCUUUGAUCCGAAAGAAGUGGUGGACACAGCUGGGGCGGCUCCUGAAAGCUCAUGAGGAAUACCCUCACGGACUUCCGGAUGACGCCUGGAUAUCCCUUCGAUUAGAUGGCUGCUGCUGGGGCACCCUCAUGUCUCGUUUGAAGUCUUCUGGCGUGCUGAACUAUGGCUUUCGGGAGGAGAUCGCAGAGACCAUGGUGGCCAGUUGUCGAGCCGUGAUGUGUGAAUUUGGAGGGGUCGUGGGCUACACCCACAGUGAUGAGAUGACCAUUCUGGUCCCACCAGGUCCACGCUUGUUCGAUGGACGCCUGUCUUCCUGGAUUAGCUUGGCUGCCAGCAUCGCCACUGCCACCUGCAACCGAGUUUUGGUGAAUCUUGCGGCCAAGAAAGGCUUGGUUCUAGAAGACACCAUUGUGGCACACUUCGACUGCCGAGCUGGAAUUUUUCCCUCCGCAUUUGAGGCUGAAAGCUUGCUGUUAUGGCGCGCUUCAGAUUGCAACGUCAAUUCUGCAUCUGACGCCAUCAAAUUUUCAGAUGCUCCGAUGGAAGUGCGAGGGCUCAACACAAUCCAAAAGCUGAUCUACUUGCAGGGCAGAGGUGGCUUACCCCUGCAGCGCCAUCAAGCUUAUGGGUCGCUCUUGGUCCGGACUGAGACCUCAGAAGGUAGCAGAGUGGUGUUGCUGAACAGCGGUGCUGACUCGCAGCCGAUGCAUAUAUUGAACCUCUUCCGCAAGCGGUCGUUGAUCCCAGAACGCUAUUUGAACGGAAGCUCCUUGCAAGAGAGCGGCGAUGUGCCGGAAGUGAAGGGUGACCACGAACCUCCCGUGUCAUGGCCCUGUACCGUACCUCGAUGUCACUGAGCCAAAGUGCUCACGACAUCUCACGACUCCCUUUG